UUGAAUGUCGGGUGUUAGUUGCGGGUUGUGAUGUCAGCAAUUCGUACUGUAUAAAAACUCUGACGGCUGAUUCCAUCAAAUCGUUCAGUAGAGCAGUCUUUGGUGUCCAGAUAUAUUAUUUAUUUGGUGCAAAAGAUGGAUUCCAGUGGAGUGAAAGUGCUGGAAACAGCAGAAGACAUCCAGGAAAGACGUCAGCAAGUCCUGGACCGUUAUCAUCGUUUCAAAGAGCUGUCCACACUGAGGCGACAGAAGUUAGAAGAUUCAUAUAGGUUCCAGUUUUUCCAGCGAGAUGCAGAUGAAUUGGAAAAAUGGAUACAAGAAAAACUACAGAUAGCUUCUGAUGAGAGCUACAAAGACCCAACAAACUUACAGGGUAAACUUCAGAAACAUCAGGCAUUUGAAGCUGAAGUGCAGGCCAAUGCUGGUGCAAUCAUCAAACUGGAUGAAACGGGAAACCAGAUGAUAUCGGAGGGACAUUUUGCAUCUGAGAUAAUCAGAACUCGUCUGCAGGAGCUACAUCGACUAUGGGAAAUGUUGUUGGAAAGGAUGGGAGACAAAGGUGUCAGAUUGCUACAGGCGCAGAAGUUAGUACAAUAUCUGCGAGAAUGCGAGGAUGUCUUAGACUGGAUUAAUGAUAAGGAAGCAAUUGUGACAUCAGAAGAACUUGGCCAGGACCUGGAGCAUGUGGAAGUUUUGCAGAAGAAGUUUGAGGAAUUCCAGACUGAUUUGGCUGCCCAUGAAGAGAGAGUAAAUGAAGUGAACCAGUUUGCCGGAAAACUUGUGCAGGAAAAGCAUCCUGAAGAGGAACUGAUUGUUCGCAAGCAAGAGGAAGUGAAUGCAGGUUGGCAGAGGUUGAAGGGGCUUGCACUCCAAAGACAGGGGAAACUCUUUGGUGCAGCUGAGGUGCAACGCUUUAACAGGGAUGUGGAUGAGACUAUUAGUUGGAUCAAAGAAAAGGAGCAGUUGAUGGCAUCUGAUGAUUUUGGCAGGGAUUUGGCCAGUGUUCAGGCACUUCUUCGUAAACAUGAAGGCCUUGAAAGAGACCUUGCAGCUCUGGGAGAUAAAGUGAAAGCAUUAUGUUCAGAGGCAGACCGUUUGCAGGAGUCACACCCUCAGAAUGCAGCUCAAAUUCAGGUCAAGCGGGAAGAACUUAUCACAAACUGGGAACAAAUCCGAUCACUGACAGCAGAACGUCAUGCUCAUCUUAAUGAUUCCUACAGGUUGCAGCGUUUUCUGGCAGAUUUCCGUGACCUCAUUAGUUGGGUAACAGAAAUGAAGGCUCUGAUUAAUGCUGAUGAAUUGGCUAAUGAUGUGGCUGGUGCUGAAGCUCUGCUUGACAGGCACCAAGAACACAAGGGAGAGAUUGAUGCCCAUGAAGAUAGCUUUAAAUUUGCUGAUGAAGCUGGUCUCGACUUACUUUCUUCUGGUCAUUAUGCUUCGGAUGAAGUCAAAGAAAAGCUAGCUGUCUUGACGGAAGAAAAGAACUCUUUGCUUGAACUUUGGGAAAUGCGACGACAGCAGUAUGAACAGUGCAUGGACCUUCAGUUGUUCUACAGAGACACGGAACAAGUGGACAACUGGAUGAGCAAACAAGAAGCUUUUCUGCUCAAUGAAGACCUUGGGGACUCGCUUGAUAGUGUUGAGGCUCUCCUGAAGAAACAUGAAGAUUUUGAAAAAUCUCUUAAUGCUCAAGAGGAGAAAAUUACUGCUUUGGAUGAAUUUGCCACCAAACUGAUACAAAACAAUCACUAUGCGAAGGAAGAAGUUGCAGCUCGCAGAGAUGCUCUCUUGAGCCGCCGUAAUGCUUUGCAUGAGCGUGCUGCACACCGCAGGGCUGCUCUAGAGGAUUCCUUCCACCUGCAACAGUUCUUUCGUGAUUCAGAUGAGCUGAAAAGCUGGCUUAAUGAGAAAAUGAAAACUGCAACUGACGAGUCUUACAAGGACCCAUCAAACCUUCAGGGUAAGGUGCAGAAGCAUCAAGCUUUUGAGGCUGAGCUGUCUGCCAACCAGAGCCGUAUUGAUGCACUUGAAAAAGCUGGUCAGUUACUUAUAGGUUCCAAUCACUAUGCUUCUGAUGAAGUAUGUGACCGCAUGAAUGAUGUCAUCACUUUGUGGAAACGAUUGCUGGAGGCUACUGAACUCAAAGGAAUUAAAUUGCGGGAAGCUAAUCAACAGCAGCAGUUCAACCGCAAUGUUGAAGAUAUUGAGCUUUGGUUGUAUGAAGUAGAAGGACAUUUAGCUUCUGAUGAUUAUGGCAAGGACUUGACAAGCGUGCAGAACCUACAAAAGAAACAUGCUCUGUUAGAAGCAGAUGUGGCUGCUCACCAGGACCGUAUUGAUGGUAUCACUAUCCAAGCCCGUCAGUUCCAAGAAGCUGGCCAUUUUGAUGCAGACAACAUUAAGAAGAAGCAGGAAGCACUUGUGUCCCGUUAUGAGGCCCUGAAGGAACCAAUGGCUGCUCGUAAACAAAAACUAUCAGACUCCCUCCGUCUGCAACAGCUCUUCAGAGACAUUGAAGACGAGGAGUCAUGGAUUAGAGAAAAGGAACCUAUAGCAUCCUCCAGUAACAGAGGCAAGGAUCUGAUUGGUGUCCAGAACUUGUUGAAGAAACACCAGGCACUGCAAGCAGAGAUUACUGGACAUGAACCCCGUAUCAAAGCAGUUACCAGCAAAGGACAGGAUAUGAUGGCAGAAGGUCACUUUGCUUCAGAUGAUGUAAAGGCAAGACUUAAUGAUCUGAAUCAGAAAUGGGAAUCUCUGAAAGCUAAAGGAGCUCAGCGUCGUCAAGAUCUUGAAGAUUCACUCCAAGCUCAGCAGUACUUUGCAGAUGCCAAUGAAGCAGAGUCAUGGAUGAGAGAGAAGGAGCCUAUUGUAGGAAGCACCGAUUAUGGAAAGGAUGAAGAUUCAGCAGAGGCCCUUUUGAAGAAACACGAAGCCUUGAUGUCUGAUCUGAUAGCGUAUGGCAGUAGUAUUCAGUCUUUGAGGGAGCAGGCUCAAGCUUGCAGGCAACAAGUUGCCCCAACAGAUGAUGAGACUGGCAAGGAGUUAGUGCUAGCUUUGUAUGAUUAUCAGGAGAAAAGCCCCCGUGAGGUCACCAUGAAAAAAGGAGACAUCCUCACUCUGUUAAACAGCACCAACAAGGAUUGGUGGAAGGUGGAAGUGAAUGAUCGACAAGGGUUUGUCCCUGCAGCAUAUGUGAAGAAACUGGACCCCACACAGUCAUCAUCACGGGAGAACUUGCUAGAGGAGCAGAGUAGCAUUGCACUCCGCCAGGAGCAAAUUGAUAACCAGACUCUCAUUACUAAGGAAGUUGGCAGCGUGUCUCUUCGUAUGAAACAGGUGGAGGAACUAUACCACUCCAUGCUGGAACUAGGUGAGAAACGUAAGGAGAUGCUCGAAAAGAGCUGUAAGAAAUUUAUGUUGUUCCGUGAAGCUAAUGAACUGCAACAGUGGAUCAAUGAGAAAGAAGGAGCACUGACAAGUGAAGAAGUUGGAGCUGAUUUGGAGCAGGUUGAAGUGCUGCAAAAGAAGUUUGAUGAUUUCCAGAAGGAUUUAAAAGCCAAUGAGUCACGUCUUCGAGACAUUAAUAAGGUGGCUGAUGAAUUGGAAGCUGAAGGACUUAUGGCUGAAGAAGUGCCUCUAGUUCAGCAGCAGGAAAUGGUAGCCUUGGGUUCAGCUCCUGUAGUGCAAAAGGAGGAAACUGAUGGAAGAACUACCUCUCCUUGGAAGUCUGUACGCUUAGCAGUGCACACAGUGGCUAACUUCAAUACAAUUAAGGAACUCAAUGAACGCUGGAGAAGCCUUCAGAAACUAGCAGAGGAACGAAGCCAGUCUUUGGGUAGUGCCCAUGAAGUGCAGAGAUUCCACAGGGAUGCCGAUGAGACUAAAGAGUGGAUUGAGGAGAAGAACCAGGCUUUGAACACUGACAAUUAUGGGCAUGACCUGGCUAGUGUUCAGGCUUUGCAACGCAAGCAUGAGGGCUUUGAAAGAGACCUUGCUGCAUUAGGAGAUAAGGUUAACUCCCUUGGUGAGACUGCCCAACGUUUAAUCCAGUCUCACCCAGAAUCUGCUGAUGAUAUCCAAGAGAAGUGCACUGAGCUAAACCAAGCCUGGAACAGCCUUGUACAUCGUGCAGAUCAGCGUAAGGAGAAACUGGGAGAUUCUCAUGACCUGCAACGAUUCCUUAGUGAUUUCAGAGAUCUGAUGUCCUGGAUUAAUGGAAUUAGAGGGCUGGUAUCCUCUGAAGAACUUGCAAAGGAUGUGACUGGAGCUGAAGCUCUGUUAGAGAGGCAUCAGGAACAUCGGACUGAGAUAGAUGCUAGAGCUGGUACCUUCCAGGCUUUUGAACAGUUUGGCCAGCAGUUACUUGCUCGUGAACAUUAUGCCAAUCCGGAGAUAAAGGAGAAGUUAGAGUUACUAGAUCGAGAACGGGCCGACCUGGAGAAAGCAUGGGCUCAACGAAGGAUGAUGCUAGAUCAGUGUCUUGAAUUGCAGCUGUUUAACCGUGACUGUGAGCAAGCAGAGAAUUGGAUGGCAGCACGAGAAGCCUUUCUCAACAGUGAAGAUAAAGGUGAUUCCCUGGAUAGUGUGGAGGCACUGAUCAAAAAGCAUGAAGACUUUGAUAAAGCUAUCAACGUCCAGGAGGAAAAGAUAGCAGCUUUGCAGACAUUUGCUGAUCAGCUGAUUGCCGGAGAUCAUUAUGCUAAAAAUGAUAUUUCUAGUCGCCGAAAUGAAGUCUUGGACAGAUGGCGACGGCUGAAAGCACAGAUGAUUGAGAAGAGGUCAAAGCUGGGGGAGUCUCAAACCCUGCAACAAUUCAGCCGGGAUGUGGAUGAGAUUGAGGCUUGGAUCAGUGAAAAACUGCAGACUGCAAGUGAUGAGUCUUACAAAGAUCCAACAAAUAUUCAGCUGUCCAAACUACUGAGCAAACACCAGAAGCAUCAGGCCUUUGAGGCAGAGCUUCAUGCCAAUGCAGAUAGAAUCCGAGGUGUUAUCGACAUGGGAAAUUCCCUGAUCGAGAGAGGAGCUUGUGCUGGCAGUGAAGAUGCAGUGAAGGUUCGUCUGUCUGCCCUCAAUGACCAGUGGCAGUAUCUUGUCCAAAAAUCUGCAGAAAAAAGUCAGAAACUGAAGGAAGCCAAUAAGCAGCAGAACUUCAACACUGGAAUUAAAGACUUUGACUUCUGGCUAACAGAGGUGGAAGCCCUCCUAGCCUCUGAGGACUAUGGCAAGGACUUGGCAUCUGUUAAUAAUUUGCUGAAGAAGCACCAGUUACUAGAAGCUGAUAUAUCUGCACAUGAGGAUCGUUUAAAAGACCUGAAUGGCCAAGCUGAUAGCCUCAUGACGAGCAGUGCUUUUGACACUUCACAAGUGAAAGAUAAACGAGAUGCUGUGAACAGUCGUUUUCUGAAAAUCAAGAGCAUGGCUACAACCCGACGUGCUAAACUGAAUGAAUCACACCGUCUCCAUCAGUUUUUCCGUGACCUUGAUGAUGAGGAGUCUUGGAUCAAAGAAAAGAAACUGCUUGUGAGCUCUGAUGAUUAUGGAAGAGAUCUGACAGGUGUGCAGAACCUGAGGAAAAAACACAAGCGAUUGGAAGCUGAGCUGGCCACCCAUGACGCAGCUAUUCAGGGCGUACUAGAGAUGGGAAAGAAACUUUCUGAUGAUAACACUAUCGGCAAAGAGGAAAUUCAGCAGAGACUUGCUCAGUUUGUAGACCACUGGAAGGAGUUGAAAGACCUUGCUACUGCUCGAGGUCAGCGUCUGGAGGAAUCUCUAGAAUAUCAACAGUUUGUGGCCAAUGUUGAAGAGGAGGAGGCCUGGAUCAAUGAAAAACUCAACCUGGUAGCCAGUGAGGAUUAUGGAGACACCCUAGCAGCAAUACAGGGGUUACUGAAAAAACAUGAAGCAUUCGAAACCGAUUUCACUGUACACAAGGAUAGAGUGAAUGAUGUUUGUUCCAGUGGAGAGGGUCUCAUCAAGAAGGAUAACCACAAUAAAGAGAAUAUUAUCGCAAAGAUGAAGACCUUGAGAGGAAAGGUUGCAGAACUUGAGAAGACUGCAGCUCAGAGGAAAGCUAAGCUAGAUGAGAACUCUGCAUUCCUCCAAUUCAACUGGAAGGCAGAUGUGGUGGAAUCAUGGAUUGGUGAAAAAGAGAAUAGUUUGAAAACAGAUGAUUAUGGUCGGGAUCUGUCAUCUGUGCAGACUUUGCUCACAAAACAGGAAACCUUUGAUGCAGGACUACAGGCUUUCCAGCAAGAAGGCAUCACCAAUAUCACAGCACUUAAGGAUCAGCUGGUGGCUGCCAAGCACAUACAGUCCAAAGCUAUUGAGGCUCGCCAUGCUUCUCUCAUGAAACGGUGGAAUCAGCUGCUGGCCAACUCUGCUACUAGGAAAAAGAAACUACUGGAAGCUCAGGAGCACUUCAGAAAGGAACGAGAACUGGAGUUGCAGAAGGAGCAGCGCCGACAGGAGGAGAAUGAUAAACUCCGCCAGGAGUUUGCUCAGCAUGCUAAUGCUUUUCACCAGUGGAUACAAGAGACCAGGACGUAUCUUCUGGAUGGCAUAGCUUAUCGCCGUGUCAUUCGUGUAUUUCAGUAUGAAGUUGGGGACGAUCUUUCUGGAAGAUCCUGCAUGGUGGAGGAAUCUGGAACACUUGAGUCCCAGCUAGAAGCUACAAAGAGGAAGCAUCAAGAGAUUCGGGCAAUGAGGAGCCAACUUAAAAAGAUAGAAGAUCUUGGUGCUGCCAUGGAGGAGGCCCUGAUCUUGGACAACAAAUACACAGAGCAUAGCACUGUGGGCUUAGCCCAGCAGUGGGAUCAGCUUGAUCAGCUAGGGAUGAGAAUGCAGCACAAUCUUGAGCAACAGAUACAAGCCAGAAAUACAACUGGGGUAACAGAGGAUGCCCUGAAAGAAUUCAGCAUGAUGUUCAAACACUUUGAUAAGGAUAAAUCUGGAAAGCUGAAUCAUCAGGAGUUCAAGUCCUGUCUGCGCUCUCUUGGGUAUGAUCUUCCUAUGGUAGAAGAGGGUGAACCAGAUCCUGAAUUUGAGGCUAUACUUGACACUGUUGAUCCCAACAGGGAUGGACAAGUGUCAUUACAGGAGUAUAUGGCUUUCAUGAUUAGCAGAGAAACUGAAAAUGUGAAAUCUAGUGAAGAGAUUGAGAGUGCGUUCCGUGCCCUUAGCUCAGAAGGAAAACCAUACGUUACGAAGGAGGAGCUCUACCAGAACCUCACGAGGGAACAGGCAGAUUACUGCAUUUCACACAUGAAACCGUACACAGACAGCAAAGGCAGAGAGCUUCCUUCUUGUUAUGAUUAUGUGGAAUUCACACGUUCACUGUUUGUGAACUGACCAAAGGACAGUUUUAAAAAUCUAGCAGCUCUGCAUGUUUGAACUUGAGCCAUCUUUGCUUUCAUAAUGUAACCAUAAGUAAACUGUGAUCUGUAACUUUUCAUUGCUUAGAAUUGUAACACUACACAUAUUUACAGUAUGUUGAAAUAAAAUGUUACCGAUUCAGUCAA